CUCACCAGCUGUCACUGUCACUCGUUCAACGAAUGAACAAGUCACAAACAAAAGUUUAUUUUUGAAAAAGUGUGAGUGACACACAAGUUUGAUCAAUUUACCAAUUUUAGAUGCGAUAUUAUUUUGUUUAUUUCGUUGCCAUAGCUGAAGUUUCCUAGAAACCAAACAAAAUGACUAAAAAGUCAAUAAGUUUGGAUGUGGACCCGACAAUCAUGGAAAAAAAUAUGAGAAUUAUAAAGGAAACUCCUGUAGAAGAAGAGUUUAAUAAACUCAUGGCUUCUGUUGAUACUAUACCAUCAAAACUAGUCAAACCAACGCCGGGUUUUUGUGUUAAAUCCUACACAAAGAAUGAGAACAAGAAAGUAUUUGUGAAUAUUUGCCAAACUGAUGCGAUACCGUGUCCUAGAGAUAUUACCAAUGAAGAGCUCAUGCAGAUCUUAAGCUCAGAGGACCCCUCUAGCUACAGAGUGCCCAUGAGCAUUGGAGAGGGGAGAACUGAGCCAGACAAGUCUGGAGCCCCUGCCACAGUGUAUGAUGUUGCUGUAAACCCUGAAUUUUUCAAGAAAAUAGAGAAAGAUGAUCUUUUCCAAACAUUCUUCCUUACUGUGGUCUUCGAAGGGCUGCAGGACAAGUAUCAAUUUGAGAUGGACAUGCAGAAGUACACUAUACUGAAGAAUAGGAAGUCAAUUGGUACUCUACAGUCUCAUAGAAUACAGAUUAGAGAUAUAAAGACUUUUGACAAUAAGGUUAAGCCACCACUUAUUGAGGAGCUUGGUGAUGAUGGCUUGGUUAAGAAGCCCUCAAAGCCAGCUGCCAAGAAAGAACUUGUGUACAGACUGAGAAGGGAACCACCUACUGGAGAGAUUGAGUACCUGCUGGCUGAGUUUAAGAUACCUUGUUCUGUUGAUCUGAAAGACCUCAAUUUAGAGGUUGGAGAAGACCGAUUGGUGUUGGAUUCCAAGGGUCUGUUUGAGCCGGUUGAUUUCUUCCUGCCAUGCAGUGUUGAUCAAGAGAUCUUGGAUGCUCAAUUGAAUAGGAACAAUGAUAUGCUGAUUGUGAAGAUGCCCGUUAUUCAUUAAAUUAUAUUUUAAUUCAUGUUAACUUUGCAAUGGAUGGAUAAAAUAAAUAAUAUUAAGACUGUC